UUCUUUUUUUCCUUGCUCUUGUCUUGGCACGAAGCGUAUGAUAUUUUCUUGGUCUAAUAUAGAACACAUUUGAUUUGGUGUUGACACUUUAUAAUAUUUUGAUAAUAUUGUCGCGGAAUCAUGAAGGCUUUUAGUGUGCUCAGCCGGCUGGGCCUGGCAUCUAUUUUUUCUUCAUUUGUUGUCUCGUCACAAGUACAGGAUGCCAGCAGCACCUCAUCAGACACGACCGCAGGCUCGGUCUUCAUCACUCCAGCGAAGGACCUGGCAUUUGCACUCAAUGUGCCCGAUAACUCCACUACCGAUAUUUAUUUUUCUUUUAUGAUGCCAACGGGUAUCAGCUGGGGCGCCAUUGGUCUCGGUUCGAAUCACAUGGCCGGCGCCUUGAUACUGUUAGUAUACCCAUCAGCAUCCGGCAACAAUGUGACAUUAUCACCACGUCUUGGCUCAGGCCACACUGAACCUGUUUACACACCCGAUAUCAAGAUAGAGGCGCUUUCAGGGACCGGUCUCAAUAAUGAUACGUACACCUUUAACGGACGAUGUAGCAGCUGUCGUUCAUGGCUAGACGGAUCCGGGAAGAUCGACGUCAAGAGUACAACACAAAAUAUGCUCUACGCCACGGGCGAGGAUGAUAAUAACCUAAAGAGCGACUCAUUCGAGGCUCCUUUAAAAAUGCAUUAUAAUUACGGUACUUUUACGAUGGAUAUGGUACACGCGACAGGCCCCGCAGGUGUCCCGAUAAUCGACACGGCGGAAGACAGCAAGCUCGUCGCUACCGUACAGGGCCUCUCAAAAGAGGGGAAGAAGGACGUAAAAGCCAUGAUGCAUGCGAUCAUCAUGGUACUCACUUUUGUCGGAUUAUACCCAUUUGGCGUUUUUGUUCUUCGUUUGGGGAGUUGGGUUCGUUGGCAUGGUAUCAAUCAGGCCUUUGCUUUCGUCCUUACUAUUAUCGGAUCAAGUCUUGGGUUCUCGAUCAGCGGGACUUAUAAUAGGUCCAAGAAAUUCAAUACCGCUCAUCAAGUUAUCGGCAUUCUCAUCUUCAUUUUCAUUUUCGCGCAGUUUGCUAUAGGCUUCUUGAAUCAUCGCAAGUUCAAGCAGACGCAGCAGAAAACCAAGAUGGCUCCUAUCCACGUGUGGAUGGGUCGUGUGAUCAUCAUCAUGGGAGUCAUUAACGGAUUCCUUGGCUUCCCUCUCGCUCAAUCGUCGCAGUUCAACUACGUCCUCGCGGGCCUAGUCCUUUUCAUCUUCCCAGGCAUGCUGCUCAUCCUUGUCGUGAAGAGAUUCCUACAAAAGCGAUGGGAAAAGAGAAAGAACCAACCGAACGGAUACGAUCUCGAGCCAUGGCUACAGACCAAUAAUCAGGCAGGUAACGGGAGCGCUCAAGAAAUACCGGGGCAGAAUGCGAGCAUACCAGGUAUGGCUUCGUAUGCUCCGUAUCAGGCAAAUGGCAUGAAGACGGUCGACCUUGGGCCUCCCCAGAACACUCGAGAGUAUGUAUAAGAGAUGAAGGUCUAAGUGUUGGGUGUAGUUGGUUGAUUAAGCUGUGUGGCGUUGGGACAGGUGCAUGGUCUAGGCGUUCUAGUUUCACUGGCAUUGGGGUAGGAAUUCUGGCAUAACGAUGAAACUAGCCCGACGAUGAGGUAGUGCGUAAUAAAAUGAGAAUCAAUGUUAAAUAACAUCAACCAGGGCGUUGACUUGUCAUCGGAAUCCCUAGGGAAUCAGGUUGCAUCCCAAUUG